AUGAAAACCACAUUAUCAACAAACUCAAAUGCAUCCGCAUCUAAAUCCUCAUCUUCAUCUUCAUCUUCAUCCCACUCUGCCACAAAUGACAAGUUGAUCAAGACUCUAUUAAAACGAUUUAAAAAGUUGGAACUUGCUUUGAAUAAAUUUAAUCUGAGAAAAUAUAAUCACAAUAACAGAAUACGAAGUGGUAUUUGCGGCAAUGGCAAUAGUAAUGCAAAUAACGGUGCUGUUCUCAAGGGUAAUUUACUACGAACAUCCUUGAUUCCGUUUUUGAGAAGCGCUAACCAGAUUGAACAAUUUUUUGCAAAGGAUUCUAAAAUUUAUAAAAGCUUAACGUGUGUAUUGUUGGCAAUCUUGGCUAAAUGGUGGAACUCGCUUAUCGACAAUUUGAAAUAUUCCACUAAUGGAUCGUCAUUAUCAUCGUCGUCGUCGUCAUCGUCGUCAUCGUCAUCGUCAUCAUCGUCGUCGUCGUCGUCAUCAUUAGCAUCUGCUGCGGCUUCUGCUGCUUCUGCUGCUGCUUCUGCUUCUGCUUCUGCUGCUGCUUCUGCUGCUGCUUCUGCUUCUGCUUCUGCUUCUGCAUCUACUAGUUCGAGUGGCUCGUUCGUAAUGGAAUCGAUUACCACACACGAGCAAAUUCAUUAUUCUUUGAUUCCUACCGCUGAUAGGAAUGCAUAUCUAGAAUGCAUUUCCCGAAUAAUGGCAAGAAGCGAUUGGGUAAAUUACGAUGAACCAAAAGAGUAUCAAGAUUUACUAGUGAAAACGUUGGACUUUUGUAUUGAAAGGCUAACCACUCUAAAAACACUUUCAGGAUCAAUGGCUGCAUUUGUUGGUAAAGUAUUUGCAUACAGUUUUUUCAAAAUACCAAAUGUCUCAAAUGCUUUGUUGUUUUUAUUAAAUGUAAAGCAAAUAACCUUGGAGUCUUGCUUGAAAAUCAUCCCUCAGAUUGCAAGAGAUGAAAAACAAGAAAAAAAGUUGAAGGAUAUUUUCCCAGCUCAUUUGCACCAUUUGGUAAACUUUAAGGGAUUGCAGAAUUUAACAACAAUGGGUCAAAAACGGUACAUGAAUUGUAUGCCACCUCCCAAACACCCAGUUGUUGGAAUCCAAAAUCCUAAUGGGGAUUGGGUACGAAGAUGGUGUGGUUUAGAUUCAAGUGUUUUCAAUUCCUUUUUUCGUCACUAUAUUGAUAUAGUUCAAAAGGAGAGCAGCAGUAUUGUAGAUACGUGUGAUAUGAUGGUGGUUCUAUUGGACUGUCCGGGGUUUAACAUUAUUUUCAGUCAUGUGUUUCAAAUCUUUCAAGUGGCUAUUAGUAGAAUCACUGCAAAUAUUAGUAACACGGGAAGAAAUGUUUCCGUUGGCUCACCCUCUUUGUCUUCAACUUCUUUGGGUUCCAAUUCUUUUGCAUUACCAAGACAAGAGGAUAGUAUAAUUCCACCACUUCCACCGCCACAAUACAACAUUAAUAUAAGACAAAGUGAUAUGUAUUAUAAUUCGAUUAUUAAAAUAUUUAAAACCAUUAGAGAUAUUACGUUUUGUGCUACUGCUAAUAACAAGUCUCUUGACGAUAUCAGUGCAGAACUUGUCAAAAUGAUUGAUUUAUGUUUCAUCACGAUUGCAAAAGAGACACCGGUAUUUGAAUUCAACAAAAAUGAAUUAAUCCUUGGGAUUGUUUAUGAGCUCAUAAACCAUGUAGAGAAUAACUCGUCACCUGAGGUCAAAUACUUGAUUAAUUGGGAGUUUUGGCUCAGUUGCAAUUAUAUGAUGAUAAAAUACUCCGAUCAUGUACAAUGUUUACUAAAGAAUUUUGCAUUUCUUUUCAACGUUUGGGAUAUGAUUCCCGACGAGUUGUGUCCAUUUGCCAAGAUUGAAGAUUCUGACGAGACUAUUAAAAGUAACUCACAUUUGCAAUGGAUAAGCAACCAAAAGGACUCUUUUAAGCUAAAUUUUGUUAAUUAUUUGAUUAGUGAUGAGAGUUUUGAAUCAUUUUUCACUCAUUGGAACCCAAUGGUGAGGUCUUAUUAUAUAAAAUUGAUUGUUUGGAGAAUUGUUGGAAUUAAUAAUUACCAAUCGUCUACCUCUAUUCAAAUUACAAGAAACCUUCAAACGAAAUUACAUCAAUCUUAUGAAGCCUUGCUGAAUUUCACAGUGAUCAACAAUGGUAAAAUUGAAUUGAAUUUUAAGCCUGAUAGUCCCAUGGUAAAUAGAAAGUUUGGAAUUCUUGCAAUAAAUAAGGAUGAUUUUUGUGUUGAAAGUGACCUGUCGGAGGUUUUUUUACCACCUGUUACUGCAUUAAAGACAAGAUCAGAAUUGAGAAAAACACAUCCGUAUGAGAUUUUUGAUGAAGCAAUUUAUACUUGUUCAACUGUACCUUCUGGAAGGUCAAAUGAAGCAAGAUUUAUUGAGACACCGCCAUCGGCAAGUGCACCCAUCAAGAACAAUUUAUUUGUGAAUUCAAUUGGGAAAUUAUUUAGAAUCAUCUCGGACAGUAAUCAAAAGAAAUCUAAUACUACUACUGCUGCUGCUGCUGCUACUGCUGCUACUGCUGCUGCUGCUACUGCUGCUUCUUCUAUUUCUGCUGUUGCUGCUUCUAUGGCUGCUUCUGCUGUUGCUGCUGCUACUAUUACUGCCAGAGGUGAGCUGCAACAACAACAGCGGCAGCAGCAGCAGCUGGAGGAGGAAGUUGAUGAGGACAAUGACGACGACGACGACGAAUAUGAUGAUGACGUUUUCUAUUUAAAGAGGAAUGCUCAUUCGUCUACUUCACUAAGCACAUCCAACUCGUUCAAAUCUAGGUCAUCAUCGCCCAGUAUAAUGUCAUUCAAGUCUAUUCCAACUUCGAUCACGGCACCUUCAUCGGUAAAGUCGGAUGAUGACUCUAUUCUCACAAUCGACACAAUCAAGUUGCAAAAAGACUCUCUUGAUAUCAUUCAAUCGAGUGACAAGAGUCAGUAUAACAUUCAACCACCUGAAUUGGCUAGAUUACCGCCUGAAAUUGUUCGACCUAUAUUCAAAUUUGAUGUCGUUGUGUGUCAUGAAUCAAUAAAUGAAAAACUUCACUUGAUAAAUCGAAAAAAUAAUAUUAUGAAUCAGAGAUUGUAUUAUCAGAUGCAGAGGCAACAGCAACAACAACAACAACAACAGCAACAGCAACAGCAACAGCAACAGCAACAGCAACAGCAACAGCAACAGCAACAACGGCAACGGCAAGCUUAUUCAAAGAUGAUGCCCCAAACAUUAUAUUUUCCACAUUAUCCACAGCUUCCCUAUAUCUCCUUAUUUAUGAAUUCAGAUCUGUACAACAACAAACCACUUUAUAUGAAUGAAGAAGAUGAUGGGAUUUUUUUAGAAGAGCUCAGUUCAAAUAAAUCAAUGUCUUCUACUUUUUCAUCUAGUUCAAUUACCAGAUCAAAGUCAAGAUCUACUUUGAAGACAGAGUGUGAUGCAGAGAUUACUAAUGAUCAAACCACCACUACUAGUAGUUUAUUCUCCCACCCACAAUCACUUAUCAAAAUGAUCAAUUUAGGCAAAUCGAUAAAUGACUUGAAUAUUAUGAUUGAAGAGAUUAGAAAGUUUUUAAAUAAUAGGAUAGAAAUGGACUGCUUUGAACAAAGAGAGGUAACGAUGAAUAAUGAUAGCUCGUUAUGCCAACUGAAGGAAAUCAAUGAAUAUAUUUAUUUUAAAAAGAUUAUACCAUUUUUAAGUGUUGAUUCAAGUAAUGAAAUGAAGUUAUUAAAUGCUAACUGA